UUCAUUUUUUAGUGAUAGCUUUUUAUGAUAAUAUUGUGUCACACGUUGAAAUCCAUUAGAUCCAAGUCAGGCAAUCAGUUUGCUGGAUUAGUUAACGAAAUAACCAUGUCGACGGGAAUACUUGCCGGGAAAGUGGCCCUCGUAACAGGUGCUGGCUCUGGAAUUGGGCGUGCCACUUGCCGACUUUUGGCCCGUGAUGGUGCUAAAGUGAUUGCCGCUGAUCGUAACCUUCAGGCCGCCCAAGAAACGGCCAAGGAGCUGGGUGCCGAGAACUCUGCCUCCCUAGAAGUAGAUGUCUCGUCAUCCAAGAGCGUAGAAUCAGCUGUUGCCGAGGCCCUAAAGAAAUUCCAACAAGCCCCCAGCAUUGUGGUCAACUCGGCCGGAAUAACACGUGAUGGUUAUCUUUUAAAAAUGCCCGAAAAGGACUACGAUGACGUUUACAGUGUGAAUCUGAAGGGUACCUUUCUGAUAACCCAGUACUUUGCCAAGGCAAUGAUUGAACAGAAUGUGAAAAAUGGCAGUAUCGUUAAUCUGUCGAGCAUUGUGGCCAAAAUGAAUAAUAUUGGCCAGGCCAAUUAUGCGGCCACCAAGGCGGGAGUGAUCUCCUUCACCGAAGUCGCCUCCAAAGAGUUUGGAAAGUUUGGUAUUCGUGUUAAUUGCAUCCUCCCGGGAUAUAUCGAUACACCGAUGGUGGCCGUUGUCCCGACGGCCAUCAAGGAGCAGGUCAUGCAGAAGUGUCCUUUGGGCCGGCUGGGCCAGCCGGAGGAAAUUGCCGAGGUCAUCGCCUUUUUGGCUUCAUCCAAGUCCUCGUACAUUAAUGGAGCUGCCAUCGAUGUCACCGGGGGACUUACAUAAAAAGUUAUCCUCCUCUCCUGUUUUGGAGAAAACAUCCUUUUUUUUGUGGCCAGGACAUUGCAUUUAUUCGUGAACCUAUCCUGUGAAAAUAUGCAUAUUUUUUUGUAUGAUUAUUAAAUAUUUCAAGAUUAA